UUGGCCAAGCUUCCACAUCGCCUUCUUCCCGAGCUGCACACUGCGCCUUGUGCUCGACCAAUCGGCGGCGGACCUCAGCAGGAGCAGAAGAGAAGAGAAUCAUGGCGGACAAGGCAGUGACUAUUAGGACCAGGAAGUUCAUGACCAACAGGCUCCUCGCGAGGAAACAAUUCGUUAUUGAUGUUCUUCAUCCUGGGAGAGCUAAUGUAUCAAAGGCGGAGUUGAAGGAGAAGCUCGCUAGGAUGUAUGAUGUUAAGGACCCGAACUCAAUCUUCGUGUUCAAGUUCCGGACUCACUUUGGUGGUGGGAAGUCCACUGGCUUCGGUUUGAUCUACGAUUCUGUUGAGACUGCGAAGAAAUAUGAGCCCAAGUACAGACUUAUCAGGAAUGGACUGGACACUAAGGUAGAGAAGUCGAGGAAGCAAAUGAAGGAACGGAAGAACCGUGCCAAGAAAAUCCGUGGAGUCAAGAAGACCAAGGCCAGUGAUGCUGCCAAGGGUGGAAAGAAGAAGUAAGCAUGUAGGUGUGUUAAUCUCAGAGCGGAAUGCGGGGUGUCAGUUACUUUUAAUAGCAAUAUUUUCUCAUGCUUAGAGAGCUUUGGGAUGAAACCUUUGUGUUUCUGUUGUUGCACUUUGUGACCGAUGCUCAGUUAUCUUUCCCAAUUUUGACUACUUGAUCGCAAAGCAAAUCUAUAAGCUCAAUCGAAGUUAUUCAUUGUGAAAGUUUCA